CGCGCAGCAAUGUCGGCCAAGAUCAAGCUGCGCUCCCAACUGCACCUUCUUACGGGCUUCAUGGCGGGAUUCAUCUGCGCCUUCGUCCUCCUUCUGUAUGUCUAUGAUGUGAGCCGGGUUUCGCCCUGUUGGAGCAGCUCCUCAUCUUCAUCAUCUCCGGUGUCCAUCGCCACAGACGCACUUUCUCGAGCCGAAGUACUGCCGGUAGCCAGGAUACUGUGCAUGGUGCUGACCUGUCCGGAAAAUGUAGAGGAUUUGGCCAGAUCUGUCUACGAGACCUGGGGCAGACGAUGCAGCCAUCUCUUAUUCGUCAGCAGCGAGCAUUACCAACCGUUGGGCGUGGUCCAGGUGGUCGAAGCCAGUGGUGGCAGCUACGAGGAUCUGUGGAACAAAACCCGUGAGGGAUUCCGUCACGUUUGGGAGAACUUUGGUCAAGACUUUGAUUGGUUCCUCAAGGCGGACGAUGAUACGUAUGUCGUCAUGGAGAAUUUGCAGCACCUGCUGAGCGGCUUCGAUCCGGAUACACCCGUAUACUUUGGCUACAAAUUGACACGCUAUAAUGUGAGCUAUAUGUCUGGAGGCGCUUCUUAUGUUCUGAGUCGCGAGGCUCUGAAUCGAUUCAUGACCCAGGCCUAUGAGUCUCCGGUGAUAUGUCCGGAGCCAAAGAAAAUGGGCAUUGAGGACUUUUACAUGGGCAUUUGUCUGCAGAAUGUGGGAGUUCACUUUGUCGACUCGGCACAGUCUCUGGAUGGAGAUCCCAGGCCCAAGUUUAUGCCAUUGAAUCUGGAGCACUAUCUCGCGGACUCAAACUCAACAAUUCCGGACUGGCUGCGCCUGAUGAGUGUGUCUCGAGUUGAAACCGGUUUGCAAUGUUGCUCCAAUUACUCAGUGGCUUUUCACUAUGCCAGCCGCGAACGCAUGUUCCUAUACGAGUUUCUAAUCUAUUAUCUCCGGGUUUUUGAUCAUAACUCGAGGGCGGAAAGAAACCAGAGAUAUCUGCUAACUUCAACUGAUUUGAACAGCCGAUUUCCACUGGAAGAUAAUUUGAAUAUAAAAGACUUGAUACAAAUGUCUGAGAAGCCGGAGAAUUUCUAG